AGGAGCGAGGCCGGGAGGCUGCCAUCGGCGCGCGGGGGCUGGUAGAGCGCUUUGAUCUGGGAGAGGAGGGUGGUUUUGCCGGCGUUGUCGAGGCCGAGGAGGAGGACGGAGUAUUCUGGUUGUGGAUUUUUUAUCAGAAUCUGGACGUGGCGACUGGAGAGAAGCGGGGGAAGGAAGCAUGCUCACCCUCUUUACUCGUAGCGUACAUGUACAGCGACUUGGCGAGGUGAUACAUGGUGUGAUUGGGUGGGGGGGGGGGGGUUGCAACAACCCCUCCGAAAGAUCCGGAUUAAGUUGGAUGGGAGAUGAGUCGCGGAGUGUCGAUCAUGUCAUGGCAGCGUCGUGGUGGUGCGAGAUGCGCUCUUCUCCUUCCUGUCUUUCUCUUUCUCCGCUGGGGUCCUGCUUAUCGUCAACUGGAAGGCGAGGGCGAAGCCAAUGCGGGAAGGGAGGCUCCGCGUCAGCCUAGCCUGUCUGUCCGUUCCGUCCUCCGUCCUGAAGUGGUAAGCAGGGCUUGGGUCAUUGCCCUGAGCCCUAAUUGCCCGAAGCGUUGACCCCGCAG